AUGACAACCACCGCAAACGACCUAUCCACCACCCUCAACAAUCUCUCCAUCAAUUCCCCCUCCACCACCAAACCCCCCUCCAAAACCACAAAGAAAACCAAAACCCCCAUAGCCGACUCUUGGGAAGACGAAUUCUCCGAUUCCUCCUCCACCGAAACCGAAGACGAGACUUCAAUACCAACAAACACCUCGAAUCCACUUUCACCCACUUCCUCAUUUCCUGCCGCUCCACCACCUACACCUAUAUCCCCUCCACCCGAGGGAAGUAAUGAGGAUAUCCCUUCAUUCUCCAGCUCCAAAACCCCUUCCAAAACUAAAUCGACAUCCAAACCCAAACCCUCCACCACAACCCAAACCAUCGAAUACGAAAAUCCCUACGGCUACCCUGGUCCCUCCUCUUCCUCUCCAUAUUCAUCCCCAUCAUGCACCUCCCGGGGCCCCGAACGCAGACAGGAAAAAACAGAUGCAGUAGCGCGACGGUUAAUUGCAGGAGCAUUGGGUGUGCGAGUCCCGAAGAAGACAGAGGAACAGAGGGAAUAUGAGCGAGUGCAGCGGGAGAAAGAGGUUAGGAGGAGGAAAGAAGAGAGAGAGGAGGAGGGGAGGAGGAAAGAAGAGGAGGAGAGGAGGAAGAGGGGGGUUUGGGAUGAUUGA